UCGAUGGGUAAAGAGGAGGGUGCGCGCGACAAAGAGGGCAGCGGUAUUGGGGUUGAUCUUGACGAUGCAGGUGGCAUAAAUCGAUCAAGUGCAUCGACUCGAAGCUCACUUCUCGCUGGCCGAUCGAACAUUAUUCUGUUCCUAUCCUAUCUCUAAUAAUGGCAACCCAGCAUUCUCAACACACACCUCCCGAGGCUCCACCUCUUGUAAGUAGUCAAACUAAAACUUCCGCGAGUCCUACUUCUAUACUAACUUUAGCAGAGGCCCCCCCAAAUGGUCAGAUCACACUUUCUCUUGAGGCUCCACCUCGACCUGAGCCCGAAGAUGCAUGUGUGAGCUUGACCAGCAAAUACCUUUGAAACCCAUAUGUUAACCCGCUAUUAGUCCAGUGAAAAAUGACGGACGAUUUGAAGGACAGAUAUGAGUCCUUCAUGAAAAACGAGCAAGCCAGGGUUAACAUUCUGGGCAUUGAAGGGCAAGAGAGCCUUGAUUUUUUUCGACAAUUGGAGAUGCCGACAAAGUUGAUGAACAACCAACAGAUUGAUGCAUGCAUCAGCAUGUUGUGUAAGCGGGCGCAUGAGCACCUUCCACAAUACUAUAAGCAGAGAAUCUACAUCGUUGACACCAGCUUCUAUCUUAUUUUGCUGGGUCUGAGAAAAAAUAUACAGCCUUCCCCCACGAGAAGACAUUCAAGCCGAGUGAAGCGGUAAUGCCAGACGAUGUGCUUCAGUAUGCAAGGGGUGGGAGACCUCCGUGGGGUUUUCCAUGGCAUGAGGUUGACUCAAUUCUCGUACCGUGCUAUUUCGACGACCACUAGGUGGUAGUGCACAUUAACUUGUUGAAAUGGACUAUGAUGUUAGUGGACUCAUCGUAUAGUAGGAUAAAAGCACUGAAGUUCGGCUUGCGUGAUAAGCAGAUGAGUCCAUUAACAUCAUUGUUUCCCAUUAUAUGCCACAAAGCGGGGUACUUUGUCAGCUCGAGUCGUCAAAAGCGACCUUUGAUGCGGAUGAAGUAUAGGUUAAAUUAAAAGACCUCGAUACAACAAGAUUCGCACAAUUGCGGAUAUUGGGUUAGAGCUUCGUUACAAUGGUUGAUCGGGUCGAAGGAUCAAACGCUGAAGGCAAAUGCUAUAGAGGGUAUUCGAAAAAAGUUUGCGCUUGAGAUUUUUGCAAAUAGCAUAAGUUGUAAAGUUUUUUAAUUUGUUUAUU